AUGUAUGAUACGGGCUAUGACCGAGAUGAAGUUGAAAAUAAAUUGGUUAUCAAAAUUGAUCAAGAUGAUCGAGCCCCAAAGUUUUCUGUUGUAGACGAUAUUUCAGAAGUAUAUGGUUUAGCCGGGAUUCAUGAAUGUAUUAAUGGUCAAAAGCCUUUAAGAGCCGUGAUUGAUAUAGAUGUUUCGCAGGAAGAUAUGAAAACAACUGGUGUUAAGGCGCAAGAAGUAUUCAUUCGAAUCUGCCUAUUUUUCAUAAAAGCCUUGUAUCGAAUUCUUGACUGUAGUUGGGAAAACAUUCUCAAUGGGUUAGUUAUUGCUACAUCUUCAGAUUCUAGCAAGUGUAGCUACCAUAUUUUAUACGCACCGGCUCUCCUUAUCGAUCAUCAUGAACUCAAAGCAUUCUUAGAAUUAGUAUAUAGCUUAACUGGAGAAAAAUUCGGCAAGUUCAUUGAUCGGAAAUUGCCUGGUCACAACUUCAACCUUCGUCUAAUCAGAUCAGCAAAAAAAGGUCAUGUAAAAUGUAUUCUUCAAUUCUCACUAGAUAAUGGGUGGAAUGCGUUCUAUCACGCUAAAGUUCAACCACCUACUAGCUUAAGGCUUGAAGUAAGACCUCAAAUGCUUAGUACAGAAAAAAAUAAUAAUCCGCUAAGGAUAAUCGUGGGUCAGGAUGUAUUACAAAAAUGCGCGGACCUAGUUUUGCAAAAGUAUUCUAACUAUCUUAGGGAUUGGACUAUUGAAGAAAAAGAUUCAGAAAACUUCAUAUAUUUUAACCGGAAAGCUUUACUAGAAUGUUCACAAUGUAAACGUAUACAUGACAAGGAUCAGAAGUGGUUCGGUCGUGUAUGCGCUAGUAGUAGUAAAUUCAUCGUAAAAUAUUUUCGGCAAAAUAGUGAUGAGCGCGGGGAAGUUUUUGAAUGCGACCCAUUUAUUGCAGAAAAAAUUCAGCAAGAAAAUAAAAAUCCUCCACACCCCUCUCACAAAGUAAAAGGUCCAGGUUUCCCUAAAGCCUUCAUAAAAAUGCCAUCUUGA